UGGUUGAGCCUAUAUGGUUACCGAUAAACAAUCUGACAAAUUUACAGGAAAAUGAUGAACAUGUUCGAAUAAUUUGGCAGAAAUACAGGAACUAAUACAUUUCUGUUGAGCUUUAUAAGAAAUUGAGAUGAUUUACAGUAGUGAGAUACCUCUUCUGCAUUUUCACAUUUUAUUAAGGAUUUGAGGCUACUAAUAUUUAUUGCAAUAAUGCAUUCAAGGGCAUAUCUACUUCUGGACCGGGAAUAUUACAUGCUGCAAAGAGAUCCAGUAUGGGGAAUAAAUGCCCACCCACUUUCUGAAGACAAUAUGAUGGAGUGGACUGCUACAAUACGAGGAUUGAAAGGCACAAUUUGGGAAGGUGGAAUAUUUGUUCUCAGUCUGAAAUUUGAUGAAAAUUUCAACUACAGGCCGCCUGAUGUCCGCUUUCAUACCAUCCCAUUCCAUCCAAACAUUGAUAUGCAGACAGGCUGUCCAUGUGUAGAAUUCCUAGAUGAUGUUAAUUACUGGAAAGAGACAUACAGUUUACAAAGCAUCCUGCUCGCUAUUCAGUCUAUGUUAUCUAACCCAGUGGUGGAGGGAGCAGUGAAUGAAGAAGCAGUAACUAUACUUCAGAACUCACCAGGUCUUUACAAGCAGAUGGUCAUAGACUGUGUCAAUGCCAGCCAGAAGGUCUUUGCUGGUGAAACCAUUGCAGCAGAAGGAUCGAGGGUUCAUUUUGAAGGUGGCGCAGGGGAGAAACAAGACCUUGCCGAGGGUGGGGCUAACUCUGCUCUGAGCAUACUCAAGAUGGCCAGGAUAUCAUUUGAUGAAUAUCUGACGACAUGGACUGGAAUAGCAACAUCAAAAGCCAGAGCUGAAAUGAAAAACCCGUUAUUGGAAGCCAUCAGUAACGAUCCUAAGCUGCAAACAGCUCACUUUAGUCUGGAUAUGGAGGAACUUCAGAAUCAUAUGAAACAACAGCUAGAAACGCAUAAUUCUUUGAUGUAUGGUAAGUUUGGUCCCAAACAGUCUAACAAGGAGCCUGAUGGCAAGGAUAAGAGAUUGGAUCACAUCAAUAAAAUGAGAAAGAUAUACCUUCCGAAAAGAACAGUUCCCCCUCCAUCGACGGCCCCCAGCGAAACAGAAGAUGCAUGGGAGAAGGAGGUCGAUGACCUGGUAGCAUGGAGCAAUGACCUCAGUGAAGACCACCUGAAGUGAAUGGGAGCUAGGAGGCAUUUGAGCUCAAAAGAGAGAGACUUGCAUAUGAUGAACAAAAUGAAUCAUCCAGUUUUAAAGAUCUGGGCCGGGUCGUUUCAUAAAAAUCCUAAGUUGAACUUAUCUCUAAGUUGGACUUAAUUAAGAAUUAUGGAAAGCCGUUAGCA